ACUCACUCAUCACUCCUGAGUAGUAUUCUCUGUCUGUAACAUCACCUCUGUUUUAAUCUUUACCAGUGAAAUACUCUUUUCUAUGGCAGGUGCAAUGAAAUUCCCUCAAACAUUUCUUUCAGUAGUAUUCACUGCGGUUGUCAUAAUAGCAGGAGUUGCAAAUUUUGGCAGCGUGGCGGCUCAGAGUUCAGGAUGUGGUACUUCUCUGGCGACGCUUUCUCCGUGCAUGGGGUAUAUUACAAGCAAUGUCACUACCUCGCUUCCACCACAGAGCUGCUGCACUGCAUUAUCUUCAGUAGUGCAAAGCAACGCAGUGUGUCUGUGCCAGCUUCUCACCACAAACAGUCCUCUUGGCUUCCCCAUUAAUCAAACACAGGCUCUCGCUCUCCCAGGCGCCUGCAAAAUCACCAGUCCAGCGCUCACCCAAUGCAAAGCAGUUGCAGGCGCUCCAGCUCCCUCUCCUGCUAAAGGUUCUAGAAAUGGUGCAUCGCCAGCAACAGGAACUGCUCCUUCAUCUUCCCCUGCAACUCCAAAUGCAGUAUCUCCCUCAUCAAACUCACCAUCUUUACUUCCUCCCACAACUUCUGUAGGAGGUGUUUCACCCACAGCCAGUGAGAAGCCAACAUCUAACGCAGGAACACUUUUCACACCAUCCAUGAUUAUCAGUGCUUUGGCAGUGGCAAUGGCAGCGAGCAGUAUGUGGUGAACAUCUUUCUUCUAUGUCCGUGUUGGAUAUUCAAUAUGGAAGUGAGUGUAUUUGUUUUGCAGUAUUUGGCUUCUGCUUGUUCAGGAGUCGUCUACUUCUAGGCAAUGUAUUUUUUUGAGAGUGUUCAACUCCUAGUUAUUGAUGUUUGGGUGUUUAAUAACCAUUCUUUCUUCUCAGUGAAUAAGGAUGUACGUCUCCGCUGUAAUAGGAACAUAUUGUUUGCCCUA